CCCCCCCCCACACACACACACACACACACAGUGGUUCUACAGCAGUAAUUAGUGCUCACACAAUGGCUGCUGAUCGCUGAUUCAUCGGCUGCUAUAGUUCUGAUGAGUCUGGCCCAUUUAUGGGUCACUGCACACGCUGUCAACCUGACUCUGAAAAGGCAGGGCCGGCCAAAGCAUGCCCCUAAUGUACACACACACACACACACACACACAGUUACGCACACAUGUUCACACGGUCUCACCCACAUUCAUACGCUGACACAAAUGUUUUCAGAAGCUUGCAUCCUGUUCACUGUUAAGAGUCUGUAAGUACCAACUUUAUUAUUUCCCUUCUUGAAAGCUUGUUUGUCCUCUUUUACUAAUGUGUAAAUGACAUCAGGAUCAUGAUGUAUUUUAAAUAUUUGCCAAAACAAAAACCUACUGGGCUUCGGUUGGCAAAAAUGGCUUGUCAGAAUAAAAGCUCUUGUUGUUAAGCCAACUAAUAUGUUAUGCCAACUAGAUGCAGAGUUGUUUGUGCACAGAGGAGGUAUAAGCAGCUGAUUAAAAACAACAAUCAUGAGGAGACCACCAGGGAAUAUGACAGUUGUUGGUGAAAAUAUGGAUAUUUCGGUUUAUAUCUGUACUUAUUGUAGACAGAGUGUGGGAAAAGGACAACAGGCAUUUGCAUAGAAUGUGAAAGCUAGUCUUAAGGAAUAGUAUGUCAUGUGUCUAAUGGUGAAUGUAAAAUUGCUUGUUAUUAAGUAAUUUAAUGAAAUGCAUUCAUCAUUUGUAAGUCGCUUUGGACAAAAGCAUCUGCUAAAUCAUAUACCAUCAUGAUUGUGUGUUUAUACAGCAUACUCACUGUAAUAGUGCAGCAAACAAAAUGUAAAACCUGUAGGAAACAAAAUGGAUGGCAGUAGUCCAAAAGAGAACCAGAGGGAGUUAUGGACAAUGCUGAGGGAGGCAGAUGAUGAGGAUGUGGCUGUAAAAAGGGCUGCCUCAUUCACUAUUCAUUAGACCUAAACCAAGAGGCCUGUUAGCAGAACACUGUCACUGGAAUGGGAAACAUUCUGUUGUGGGAGUUCUGUUUGUUUUUGGAACUGUCCUUCCAACUGUCCAGCGACUAUAGGAAUAUUGGUCGAAACACACACACACACACACACACACACAGUUCUUUUAUUCCCUCUCCCAUUGUGUCCUGGAGUCAACUCUGAAACCAUUGAUCAUUCUGACAGAGAGACACCAGAUACGAACACCACUGAGAAGCAUCUGGUCAUAUCCAGAGUUCGUAUUUCCCAAUUUUUCCUUCUGUCACAACUUUCCAAUAGUAAGUAUCAAUUCCUAUAGUACUCUUUAUGAAUUUUAAGUUCUUAGUGACACUAUGUGAGAGAGAUUAUGCUCUCUCAAAUACAAAAAUCUAUUGAACUAUAUAAAGGCUUGUCUAUUGUUAUACUUUGUUUCAUAUGUUUCAGCUUGCAUGUUUAUGUUUUAUGAAGGCUGUGAAUUAGUGACAUUAUCUCUCAUUUUGUGAAUCUUUGCAGACAUGAGGGGAUCCCAGAUGUAUUUUCCAGCGCGCAGUGUGCUUUUCCGGAAAGAGCCCAGUGGAGUGACGUACCGAGUACCUGCUCUGAUCUAUCUCCCCAAUGCCGCGUCCUUCCUGGCCUUUUGUGAGGAGCGGCUGAGCCCAGCAGACGCUCAGGCCAACCUGCUGGUUAUGCGCAAGGGCAAGUUCUACAGGAAUUACGUGGAGUGGGACGACAUGCGCGUGCUGGCCACAGCACAUCUGCAGGGUCAUAGGUCAAUGAACCCUUGCCCAGUGUACGACGAGUUCACCGGCACCCUCUUCCUCUUCUUCAUCGCUGUGCUGGGACACACAUCAGAGGCCUACCAGCUAGUGACGGGGAAGAACGUGACACGCCUCUGCUACGUCUCCAGCAACGAUCACGGUGACACCUGGAGCCCUGUCACAGACCUCACCAAGAGAGUGAUAGGAGACACCAUUAAAGAGUGGGCCACCUUCGCUCUGGGUCCGGGCCAUGGAAUCCAGCUGAAGUCAGGCCGCCUGCUGGUCCCAGCGUACGCAUACCACAUCGACUGCAAAGAGUGCCUGGGCAGGGUAUGUCUGACCACACCCCACUCCUUCUGCUUCCACAGUGACACGCAUGGCCGUGUGUGGCGGUUUGGAGAAGCGGUCCCUGGGCCGGAGAGUGUAGAGUGCCAGAUGGUGUCGGUCGACGAGGAGGACGGCUCUAACAUCCUUUACUGCAACGCCAGGAGCCCACUAGGGUGCCGGGUGCAGUCCCUCAGCCUGGACGAUGGCGCCGUGUUUCAGGAUGGUCAGCUGGUCCAGAAACUGGUGGAGCCACGCAACGGGUGCCAUGGCAGCAUCAUGGGCUUUCCUGCCCCUCUGGAGCUUCUGCAGGAGGUCAAACACUCCCGUCUACAACACUGGACAUCGGUGGUCCAUGCUUCCCCCAUCUCCUCUGCUGCUUUAGUCUCAAAACGUGGGCAGAACUUCCUCACUCCGACCUGGGUGGUGUAUUCUCACCCCACCUGGCCCAAUGCACGCAGGGACCUGGGCGUGUACCUGAGCCUCUUUCCCCGCGAUCCAGACAGUUGGUCAGGGCCUUGGGUUAUUUAUGAGGGCCCAAGUGCCUAUUCAGACUUGGCCUACUUGGAGCUGCCCUCCCCCGGUGCUCCCCCAGUCACGGCCUUUGCCUGUCUGUUUGAGAACGGUACAAGGACACCUUAUGAUGAGAUAUCCUUCAGCAUCUUCACACUCUACGAGCUCAUAGACAACCUACCCCCUAAUAAAUGCCAACUCACAGAUCCAAACUCCAAGCUACAACAAACUAGCAAGAGAAAGCGAUGGUCCUGCAGCCUUUGUUGCAUAUCUUGAAGUACAGUUAAGCAUUGUGUAAUUGUUUUGCGGAAAUCUUUUUUAACUGUUAGAUUAUGAUUUUAUUGGAGAGUAAAAUCUGUAGACAUGCACUAGGGUAGUGUCUCAUGUCUGUGUUUGUAGGCACAGUGACUCAGUAUAGCCACACAAUUUUAAGAAUGGUCUGAAUUUUCAGAUAAUACAGUAUGAUGAUGACAUUGACCCAAUCAAGAGAAUAGUACUGAUGAUCAGAGUUUAACAUAGUUUGAAAUUAAAUAAAUUAAAUAUUUACUCUCACUACUGUAGAGUGGCUAAGCUACGAUGUUUCAUUCAAACACUUGCCCCGCUGUCCUGCAAAUCGAUAGUCAUGAACUAAAAAAAACAUCAGCUAAGAUCUUCACUGGUUCAAUCCAUGUCUGGGAAAUGGACCUCUCCCUAAAACCCUUAUUUACUUUACUUUAUCUCUCACUAUAUAUUUUUAACUAUGUCUGUGAUAUAUUUGGUGCAUGUUCAGGUGCCUUCAGAUUUUUAUGGUUGAGUCUAUUUUGUAAUAACUCACACCCUUUUGCGAUUGAUUCUUCAAAUGUCUCUA